AUGCCAGAACAAGAAACCAAAGCCAAUUUGCACAUAAGAUCAUUCGUUCGAUUGGCUGAAGCUUUGGAUCGUAUCCUGGUGAUAUCCAAUGUCGGCAUAUCAAGAGUCAGAGCGUGUACAACAUUUUCACCAAGUUUCUAUUAUAAUUUGAAAUUAUUACAAGAAAUGUUUCCGAAUGCAAAAUUCAUCACUCAAAAAGAAUACGAAUUAUGGGUCGACAAUCAAUCAGAAAAAAUCGUUGCCGAACACUUUUUAUUUAAUGCUCUUCGUAACAUUACUCUGAAUGAUUAUGAAGGACCACAACAACAUGGACCAAAUGGAUUAUAUAAAACUUUUACAAUUGCAAAUUCUUCGAGUAUUUAUUACAAAAAACGGAUGAAUUUUAUUAAACAUUAUAAAACGUGUCCAUACGAUCUCAAAUUAAACAAACUAAAUUUGACAAAACUCAAAGAAGUUCGCCUUUUUAGAAGUGGAGUUCUAACUAAAUCAGUAGAAAAACGGGAAAUGUUUUCUAAAUUUUUGACCAAAGCUUUGGAAUCAGACUCACAAGUACUAUUAAUUUCUUCCAAUUUUCGUCAACCACUUUUUCCAGACAUGCGCGAACCUAUUCCUUACGCGGAGCAUAUAUUGAACGAAGCUUCGAAAAUCACCGAUCGGCUUGAGUCAUCGUAUAUCGCGAUACAUUGGAGAAUGGAACAAACAAGGUCUGCCAAUCUGCCGGGUUGUGCUAAGGAAUUAGUUAGAACGAUAAAUGAAAUAAAAAAAAAUACUAGAAUAAAAAAUGUUUAUUUGGCAACCGAUUUCCCCAUAUCUUACAACAAGAAUGGCAGCAUCAUAAAUACUGAGAUUUCUAAUGUUAUGAAGACACAGUCUGACACUUUUAGUGAUAUUACAGCUCAACAUAUUAGAGCAAUGAAUAUACUAACUUCUUCAAUAGAAGGUCCAGGUGUACAAGGAAUAUUAGAUAAAUUAGUUUGCAUAAAUUCAAACUAUUUCUUGAGCGGCCCAAGAGGUUGCUGUAGAAUAUCGUCUGGUUUUACAAAACAAAUUGCAGUUUCAAGAACCCAGUUACUUAUAGAAGGAAAUCCGAAUAUAUUAAAUACCAUUACAAGAUGGUCGGCGAAAUCUAAUUGGUAA